GGAAUGCGAAACCAUACUUCCGUAGGUGCAACACAAUUUGCUUCUUUCGUCAGACUGGAACGAAAAUGGGAAACACUGUAGUUCCUGAAACAUGUUAACCGUUCUAUUACGCGGGCACUUCGGCCCGUAUUGUGGACGCUGUGUGAAGAAGUCAGUAGCAGUUGCUCACAAGAGAGACCUUCAUGUAUGGCUGAGGACACAGACAUCGGCAAAUACUGCAGUCUUGAGGAACAUUGUCUCCAAAACACAAACCCAUAGACAGAUACUGGCACUACAACCUCGAAAUGUGUAUCAGAUAUGUAACUUCUCAGCCCUCAGGAUUGCCAGGCCUAUACUCAGGGCCCCUUCUUCGCCUUACAAAGUUAUUGUCUUCUCCCAGAGGGACAUGUCGGUCAUUGGACGACUAGCUGGUGGCUUCGGGCGCUUCCUGAGAGUCCGAUAUCUGAUACUGACGGGCGCGGUUGGGGGAGGAGUGGCGGUCAACAAGAAGAUUGACAGUUGGAAAGAAUACUUUCCUGACCUAGACUGGAUGAAAGAAUACAUUCCUGAAUCGGAGGCUCUGUCCCAGCUUGCAUCCAGUAUCCGAAAUUUCGCCAAGCACACGAUGGAGACAAAUGAACAAAUGAGUUGGCUGAAAACCAAACUGUCCGACAAUAAGAAGGCGGUUGUGGAUUGGCUGAGUCAGCACUCUCCACCUGACCUUGGGUCAACGUUGGUGGAAGGUAAAACCGGGUUAAGUCGAGAGGUGCCCUUAGUCCUUGGCCCAACUCCAGAUGCGAAUGUGUCGACCACGACGGCGGUGUUUGGAGAGGCCAAGGCUACUGGUGCAGAAUACAGCUCUGACUCUACUGACAAGAAGAGGCUGGAGCGCGUCCAGGGCGAGAUGAUGGAGGUUCAGCUGCGGUACCAGAAGGAGAUAGAGCGUCUGGAGAAAGAUAAUCGAGAGCUGCGGAAACAGCUGCUGCUGAGAGAGCAGAAAUCAGGGAAGAAGAGGGUCAUGAAGAAGUCCCUGAUUGACAUGUACUCGGAAGUCCUGGAUGAUCUGAACGUGUACGACUCCAGCUACAACACACAGGACAACCUGCCCAGAGUGGUGGUUGUGGGAGACCAGAGCUCCGGGAAGACAAGUGUCCUUGAGAUGAUCGCACAGGCCAGGAUAUUCCCAAGGGGCUCUGGUGAAAUGAUGACAAGGUCACCUGUGAAGGUCACACUCAGCGAAGGCCCUUUCCAUGUCGCAAAGUUCAAGGACAGCAACAGAGAAUUUGACCUUACCAAAGAAUCUGAUCUGGCCGCCCUGAGACGUGAGGUGGAGCUGAGGAUGAAGGCGAGCGUACAGAAGGGUCAGACAGUCAGUAACGAGUGCAUCUCCAUGUCAGUAGCAGGGCCAGGGCUUCAGAGGAUGGUUCUUGUGGACCUGCCCGGAAUCAUUUCUACUGUGACGACCGGCAUGGCGCCCGACACCAAGGACUCCAUCAAGGGCAUGUGCAAGUCUCACAUGGAGAACCCCAACUCUAUCAUCCUGUGUAUUCAAGAUGGGUCUCUGGAUGCUGAGCGGAGCAACGUGACGGAGCUGGUCAGUCAGAUGGACCCCCAGGGCAAGAGAACCAUCUUUGUGUUGACCAAGGUCGACCUGGCAGAGAGCAGCUUGUACAACCCAGACAGGAUUAAAUCAAUUUUGGAGGGCCGACUUUUCCCCAUGCAAGCUCUGGGUUACUUCGCUGUUGUCACUGGAAGAGGCAACACCAAUGACAGUAUAGCCAGUAUCAAGGACUAUGAGGAUCGAUUCUUCAGGAACUCGCGGCUCUUCAAGGAUGGAGUGUUGAAGCCCACGCAGAUGACCACACAGAACCUCAGCAUGGCCGUGUCCGACAUCUUCUGGAAGAUGGUCAAGGAGACCGUGGAACAACAAGCUGAUGCCUUCAAAGCCACAAGAUUCAACCUGGAGACGGAAUGGAAGAAUACCUUUCCUCGCAUUCGGGAAUUGGACAGGACUGAGCUGUUUGAGAAGGCACGGGGUGAGAUCCUCGAUGAAGUUAUAAACUUGAGUCAGGUUACUCCUAAACAGUGGGAGAAUAUCUUCUACAAGAAGUUGUGGGAGAAGAAUGCCACCCAUGUACUGGAGAACAUCUAUCUACCGGCAGCCCAGGCUGAAAACUCAGGAACCUUCAACACUGCUGUGGACAUCAAGCUCAAGGGAUGGGCCGAUGUGCAGCUUCCAAAACGAUGUGUCGAGGUUGGGUGGGAGACGCUACACGAAGAGUUUCAGAAGCUGGUUGGUCGCGACCAAGACAAGAAACACCAUGAUGACAUCUUUAACCAACUCAAGUCUGCCGUCAUUGAGGGUUCCAAAGAACGACACAAGUGGGAUGAGAAGGCCGAGCAAAGCCUGAGAGUAAUCCAGGUGAACAUCUUGGAGGACCGAUCUGUGAGUGACAAGCGCCACUGGGAUUCUGCCAUCAAGUUCAUGGAGGACACCCUGAAGGAAAAACUUAAGCAGUCGGAGGACUCGCUGCGGAAGCUGACGGGCCCGAGCACGACGGAGCAGUGGAUGUACUGGCAGAGACAGUCUCAGGACAACAAGGACAGGUCUGCCGCCAAGAGUGAGCUGGAGAAACUCUUCCACACUGACCCUCAACACAAGUCCCACCUGUCCGGCGACGAACUGACCACAGCGAGGAAGAACCUGCAGAGUUACAGUAUAGAUGUCUCCAAUGACUUUAUCCGUGAGACAUGGUAUCACGUGUUCCGGCUGAACUUCUUCAAGAAGGCUCUGUACCAGGCCCAGCAGUGCAAGAAGGGCUUCUACUACUACCAGAGAGGGUUCUCAGAAUCCGGGCUGGAGUGUCAUGACGUGGUGCUGUUCUGGAGACUACUGCGUAUGUUGGAGGUGACAAGCAACUCACUCCGCCAGCAGGUCGUCAACAAUGAAGCUCGGCGGCUGGAGAGAAUCAUCAAGGACACACUGGAGGAUCUCGGGGAGGACAAGGAGCGGCUGGAGAAACUCCUCACCGGGAGACGGGUGCUGCUGGCCGAGGAACUCAAAAAAGUUCGACAAAUCCAAGACAGAUUAGAAGAAUUUAUUCAAGCAUUGAACAAAGAGAAAUAGUGCAUAAUCUAUGUAGAAUAUCUAUGAAUCAUCCCAUUCUUGGCUGAUGGCCCUCGAGACAGGGAGUGUGCAAUGAAGGGGACAGCUGAAAGUCAUAAACGUACCCCUGCUUCAUCUUUGGAUGAAUCUGACAGUGAUGAAACUGUUCUGAUUGUUUUCUGUCAGAUCUGGUUUCUUUCCAGCAGGUGCCAUGAGUUAUCUCCCCAGGAAAAUGGCCGCUCUUCAGUGCUAAACAUUUUGUAGGGUGUGUGUGGAUGAGUGUUUGUAGCUGGGUCGGCAGAAUGAAGAAGCCAUUUGGAUGGAGCUGUAACAAUUAUUUAUGAGUGUUUUCUCAUUUUUUCAUCAUUCGGGUUCUAAUGAGCAUUCUUACUGGCUUCCAUUCCCUGUUCUCAUCAAUUCCUGCAGCGUCAGCAGUUAUCUCUUGACCUGCUGAUGUAUUAGAUCAAGAUGAUCCCAUAGAAGUGUUGCUUAAAGACACCAGCUUUGAAAGUUCCAAUCAGAAAUUGCAAAAAAUGCCUUAGAGUCACUCAAUACAUUUCACAAGGCAUAAACGUUUAUGCUUUUAUAGAGUUUUGAUUUGUGAAAGUAGCAUCAGUAGUUAGGGACCAAGCAUUUGAUAUUCAGGGGAGGUGGGUGUUUAAAUCGAAAAAAAUAUAUUGCCCCAGACAAUGAUUGAAAAAAAUAUUUUUGCCUCAAACUGUUGAGAAAAAAAGAAAUUGUCUGCCACAAAAAAUACAUUAUGUUACAAGAUGUUUUAAAAAUAUUUUUGGCUCAUAAGAAAUAUCAGGUGUAGCAACUGUAGCUGAAAGAAAAUCCAGUCUCCAUACAAAGUCCCAGCCCCCUCCAGAAUAUCAAGUUGUCGGUCCCCUCUAUACAAAGUCCCAGCCCCCUCCAGAAUAUCAAGUUGUCGGUCCCCUAAGGGGUCCGUUCCUGUCCGUCUACAUCUUUAUCAUGCUUGAUGUUGAUGUUGUAAUUGGAAGCAAUGGUUUCAAAUGAAUUUUUUCAGAAAUUGUUUGGAUGAAAGGCAUUUCACAAUUGUAUUAAGAAAAGUCUAGCCAUGUUGAAGAAAAUGUGUUGAAUGAGAACAAGAAUUCCUCUGUCAUGCUUGCUGACGCCUUGAUCCCCAAAACUUUAUAAUGGACAUAAUAAAUUUUUAAUAUUUUCAUCCCUGACUGUCUUACAACCAACUGUCCGCCUCCAUGAUUGUAUAGUCCUCAUAUACCUAAAGA